AUGACAUUCGCCUACCCACGCAACACGGGCGCUUCUUCCCUUCCCUCCUUCAAGCAAAAUCAAUCACCGAGAUCGCAAAAUUUCGUCAGUCGCGUGUGGGACUGCAUCCCCCCAGCAGCAAAACAAUGGCUUCCCGGGAGUGUCAGCCGGGGAAUUGGUAGAAAUCGGGAGAGUAAGGGUAUUAAGACAACGGCUAUCAACCUUGUCAAACGUAUCUUUACGAUUCCCAAUGCCAUUAUUUUGCUGUGGAUGUUCUCAAUUCGGUGGGGUGAACGGACGGUAUUUCAGGACAGCAUCAAUAACUGCCUUUGGGACAGCUGGGAGGAAUGGCCUCAAGAUGCCACGCCACACCACAUUGCCUUCAUCGCCGACCCCCAACUUGUUGAUCCCCACACUUACCCCGGUCGACCAUGGCCUGUGUCGACGUUGACGGUCAAAUACACUGACCAAUAUAUGCGACGGUCAUUUUCCUUGAUACAAGAUCACCUCGAGCCGGACUCAGUGCUGUUUCUUGGCGACCUUUUCGAUGGCGGCAGAGAAUGGGCCACGGCUACAAGUAGCAGCCCCGAACCGCGGUGGAAGAAGUAUGCAGACUCCUUUUGGAAGAAGGAGUACGGGCGAUUUAUUAAAAUUUUCCUGGACCCGUGGGAGAAAUUAGUGAAGCCACCUGUCGAUGGACGAGGGCGCAGAAUGAUUGCUAGUCUACCUGGCAAUCAUGAUCUUGGGUUCGGUAACGGCAUCCAGGAACCCGUCCGUGAUCGCUUCGAGUCCUUUUUUGGAAACCCCAACCGCGUCGAUGUUAUUGGGAAUCAUACUUUUGUUUCAGUGGACACUCCCUCCCUGAGCGCGAUGGACCAGCCCGACCCAUUGACGGGCAGCUCUCCGACAGCUAGCGAUGAAAACCGUACUCUCCGUCCGAUCUGGAAAGACGCAGAUGACUUCUUGGAUAAGAUGGCUAUCCACAAGGCCAAGGCGGAGACGGACGAGCUGCGAAUGCUGCAAAACAAAACCGAGGGGCAUAAUAUAUUCGAUUAUCGUGUUGUCGACGCUGUCGAACCCGCCAUCCAUGAAAAGCCCCAGCCAACAGGCGUCGGCCUUCCCACUAUUAUUCUCACACAUGUCCCUCUCUACCGCAAGCCAGCCACUCCCUGUGGUCCUCUCCGCGAACGAUACCCGCCCUCUUCAUUGGACGAGGAAUUGGCAGAGGACGAGCCUAACUCUCUGAGAAUUGCCGGAGGCUAUCAGUACCAGAAUGUCCUAACGCAGACCGUUUCCACCGAAUUGGUUUCCAAGGCAGGACCCAACGUCGUCCAGGUGUAUUCCGGCGACGACCAUGACUACUGUGAAGUGUCCCAUCGGGAAUUCAACGGCUCGCCCAACGAAAUAACAGUCAAAAGCAUUUCCUGGGCGAUGGGAGUCCGCCACCCAGGAUUCGUACUCACCAGUCUGUGGAAUCCAAUCGACCCCAAGACAGGCAAAACCAUCCAAGACGGAUCACCACCCACUAUCCAAAACCACCUCUGUCUCCUCCCAGAUCAGUUGGGAAUCUUCUUCUAUUACCUCACCAUCCUAGGCCUCAGCGUCUGCAUCCUCCUCCUUCGUUCCAUCUACCGCGUCCUCUACACCCCAGAACCAUCCCCAACCGGCGCCCUUCUCCCCCUCUCCGAGCGCCGCUCUCUCCCACACCACCAGUACCACACCUCCGGUGCGUCCAGCUCUACUCUCUCACCGGGUGGUUUAGCCAGCCGCAGUGGCAUGGCAGCCUCCAUCCGCUACCCCGGAACUAAAUCCCCGCAAGAAGCUUAUCGGGGUACAGACGAUGAUCUCGGACCCGUUGCCUCAAAGGACAAGGCUGCAUGGCGCCCCGCCUCGGCUACCCGCUCCCGAUCAACGGUGUCCCUCAUUGUCCGGGAUCUGUACCAUUCCGUCAAGUUUGUGGCGCUAGUGGUGCUGACCGUGUAUUUCAUCCUGAUCUGGCGCUGGUAG